AUGGCUCAAUUUCAAGUAGUUCUUCGUGAGGGUUUCGUAGGUGGAUUUGUUGGUCCAACCGUCAAGCAAGUCGUUGACAUCAAGGGCGAUAACAGUGGGGCUACAGUGAUGCACGCUACUUUGAAACCUGAAUCUAAAAACGACUAUCAUACUCAAUCCGGUGGUGCUUCCUUCGAGGAGUUGUCCAGCUUUUUAGAUACCCUCAAGCAACAGCUUCAAGACUUGCCUACUGAGCAACCUGUUGGUAGUCAAGACAUUUAUGGACAAGAUAUCUCCUUGUCUUUCUUCUCGGAUGAUUUCCAAUGGUCCAAUGGCGGUCCUGAAGGCUGCUCUCAAGGGGAAUCACAAGUCCAAGCAACUCCCGAGCAAAAGGAAAAGUUCAAGGAAUUGGUCAAUUUGGUCAAAGGUCUCGGUCAACAAUAUGCUGUAACUGCUGCUUAA